GCAAACUCAAAAAUGCGUGCAUGCAUGGCUGCGCUCUAAGAUUUUGGUGUUCAAGGUCCGCGACUAGACCUUAAAAUCAACGGCAGAAAUAAACUAAAAUCGCAACCAAUUUCUCUCCUUUUUUCCUUGCAUUUUAUUUUUACAUUCAAUUCAAUUCUAUACAAUUCAAAAUGGAGAAGCAGAUUAUACGGCUUUACCAAGAGCGUAUAGACAAGUACGACGAGGUAUUUAGCGAGGCUUUGUGUGAUAUCGACCAUUUGAAAACCUCUCAGCGCCAGAUAACUGAGCUGCGCUGGGACAACAAUAAACUAACUGCGGAGGUGGCUGAGCUACGCGAAGAAUUGGAGGACCUACGCAACAGCCUUAUAAAUGAGCGCCAGAGCCACCUCGAGGCCGUCGCCGAGAACGACCAGCUAUUAAUUCGGGAGCAUGAACUCAAACACCGGGUGAGGGUGCUGGCCGGCAUAUCGGAAAGGUACUACAAACAGCAGGAUGCUGCAGUCACGAAUUCAGAGUUUGAAAACACGGGGCACAAGGACGCCAACAACACAGCUGCCAAGUCACGCUCGUACAAACAGCAACGACCUCUGGGUGCGGCUCACGACGAGGACAACAUGACAAAGGAUGAGUUUGAUUACAAGCAACUACAGAUAGAGAAUGAAACGCUGCAGAUGACAAUUGAGACCAUGCGGAUCCAGCUCCAGGAACAAAAGAACAACUAUGCCGGAAUUUCUGAAGGAAUUUCUAACGACUUUAAAGCAUACAGGGAUGUUGCGGCGAAGGAGGCGGCUGACAAGACACGAAAGAUUGAGGAUUUGGAGACAGAGUUGGACAGAAUCAAGGGUCUUUACCGGGAGAAUUUGCGCGACUUGAUCAUUGCUCGCAAGGCUGCUCUUGAGAGUAAGCACAGCGUGAAACAUGAUAGUCUACUGCUGCGCUCAGAGAUAGUGACUCUGCAGCGGCGACUGGAUGCAGAGAUGGAGAGGUCGAGGUUUUUGCACAAUUCCUCUGCGUCUUUAAGCAAGUACGACAUGUGAGUGGCCGCAGCAGGAAGCGUAUUUUGAUAAUAAUAAUAA